AUGCUACCCUUUACGACAACGUCACCCUUGUCACACCAGAAUGGAACAGCCACUGAAUCAACCCACCUACUUUUCGAUGAAGACAGUAGACUGGCGACCAAUAUCGCAGAAGCGACCAUUGACUACUUUCCACCAGACACCUAUGACAUGGCGUUCGUAUCCAGUCUGGACUUCAACCAGUUCUUGACACUCUCGCCUCUUCCCUGUCUGGCAGCUAAAUCGCCAUCCCAGGCCAGCCCCGAGAAACAAGUCGGCGCAUCGACACCAACCGGUUUUGCUCCACAGGGUAUAGAUCACUCGAGAUGUUCGUGGACUCCGCUCUCGGCCGUGUCGGAUCUGUCAGCUUCAACAUCAGAACAGCGGAAGCUGUGUUGGACCAUAAAUGAUGGCGAAUGGGAACAGUUCGUUACGACCAUAAAACACCUCUGUCCUGAAUAUGCAAAGUCUCGACUGCCCUCUCGUCAGAGUAUAUCCCGAUAUCUCGCAGCGUAUUUCCGGGGCUUUCACGAGCAUCUGCCGUUUCUACACCCCCCUACGGUCAAUUUACACAACACAAGGGCGCAUCUUGUCGUUGCCAUCGCGGCGAUCGGCGCCCAAUAUUGCCUAGAAAUCGAGGACAUGGUUUUGCUUUUCAGUCUAGCGAAGCUGAUGGUCUUGAAGGCGAUUGAUAGUCGAAGACGGACACUCUCAAGCCGUGAAAGAGCACGAGCUGAAUCGGAAAACGAUGAUCCAUAUGGGACGAGUAAUUUGGACGACGAGGCAAUCCAAUCUUGCCAAACAUUGCUUUUGCUUAUGGUCGCGGCAACAUGGGGCGAUCCCAAGACUAAUUUGAAGGAGGAUAUGAAUCUACAAAGCAUCCUCGCAACAUUUCUCCGCGAAGAAAAGCUUCUGAAUGUCGACAGCAGCGUCAAGCACCGCUCAUGGCACGAGUGGAUUCGAGUAGAAGGUGUCAUACGGACAGUUUUGAUUACAUUCUGCUUUUUCAACUUUCACACCAUCCUUCAUAAUGUUCCUCCACCUAUAUUGAACUCCGAGAUUCAAAUGGCAUUGCCUUGCCAUGAGGAAGAAUGGAGAUGCAGUACUGCUGUAUCAUGGGCAGAGCAACACGCCGCGGGGAAGACAGCCCCGAUCCAGCCGGUAUUCAGCGUGGCAUACAAGAGCCUCUUCCACCCUACCGCGUUCGGGGGUCUCAAGACUUGCUCAUCCUUGGGCAUUUAUGUUCUGAUAACGGCAAUCGUGCAGCACAUCUAUUUCGUCCGACAGCUUAGUAAACAUACUCUUUACGACAAUACCACGACACCGCCCGUGGAAAUCGACACCCUCCAUCAAGUACUAUGUCGGUGGCAGGAAAUUUGGGAGAUGGAUCCGCACAGAUCACUGGGUCCGAACAAUCCUGACGGUCCAUUGCCAUUCAACUCUACCGCCCUGCUUCGAAUGGCAUAUGUCCGCUUAGGCGUGGACAUCAGCUCUUCGUUUACCAUCGGCUCGCGCAAUCCGCAGCAGAUCGCGUCCGCGAUGCUGUGCAGUUCCCCCGUUCCUCGCAACCAACAUAGCACGAGGGCGGCACUACAUGCUGCUCACACCUUGAACACACCAGUGCAGAUCGGGUUAAAGCUUGUAGCCAAAACUCAAGCAUUGACGUGGUCUCUUCAACACUCCUUGUCGUACCUUGAGUCGGCUUUUCUGCUUAGUAAAUGGUUGGAAAACAUCAUGCGAUCGCGUAAUAGUCUACCGCCAGACGAGGCUGAACGGCAGGUUCUGUCAUAUGUCCAAGGUAUUCUGCAUGAAGCCGUCGAUAAGGACAACCAAGGCAUGACUUCCUGCACCGAUUCCAAUCUGAGUAUUAGCCUGAUCCGGAUCUGGGCACAACUUAUACUCGAAGAAGGCAUCUGGCCAAUAGUGAACAUGGUUGGGAAAACUUUGGCAUUGUACGCUGAUCUUCUAGCGGCGAACGUUGGAGGUGAUGUUUCGUGA